UUCACUUCAUCGCAGCAGCAGCAGCCGGUGAAGUAGCUGCUGCGGGCGGGUGUGCAGGGUGACAAACAUGGCUCUUUCCGGAAAUAAAUAACGGGACUGGUGAAAGAUAACAGCCUAGCCCAGGUGGAGGUCACAAAAAAGCGAAGGGGGAGUGAAGAAACUUGAAGUCGGUGUCACACGGGUUUCUGUGUUGAUGUAUUUGGACGGGAAUACCUGCCGAAAAUAGUCCCGACGUCCUGCAUUGAAGACCCCCCUCUCCCUCUGGGCCUGUUUGACCUCCUGACACUGAGAGGAUGGUGAUGGCGGAAGGAGGGAGAGCUGCUCCUAGAACUGAGGGGAGGCAGAUAUUAGUGGAGCUCGGGGAACAGAACUUUGAUUCCAUUUGUCUCUCUACAUAUCGGACCGCCUGCAAGCUCAGAUUUAUUCAGAAAAGAUGCAACUUGCAUCUGAUCGACAUUUACAACGUGAUCGAGGCGGUGCGGGACGCUGGGCUCAACGCCGUAGAGCUCAACGCCGGGAUCUCCGUUACCAGACUGGAGAACCUGGUUUCCUCCCUGUUCAACCAGCUCAGCAAACGCCUUCCCACCACACACAUCAUCAACCCGCAGGAGAGCACCAUCCUCCUCGUCGAAUUCAUGCUGGCCGCCGUUGACUGUGAUCCAGAAAGCCGUCUGACCGUUCUCUCUGUUAAAGCGAUGCUCUCUAUACUUUGUGGAGGAAAACUGGUGGACAAACUGCGAUAUGUGUUUUCUCAGGUUUCUGACUCCAAGGGAGUCAUGGUUCUGUCCAAGUUUGACAGUUUUCUAAGAGAGGCUCUCAAGCUGCCCACUGCUCUGCAUGAAGGACCGUCCUUCGGAUACACACACACUGUGGCUCGCUCCUGUUUCCCACAGCAGAAACGGGUGAUGCUCAACAUGUUCCUGGACAUCGUAGCUGAGCCUCCGGAGUGUCUGGUCUGGCUGCCGCUGAUGCACCGCAUGGCCAACGUGGAGCACGUCUAUCAUCCGGUUUCCUGCUCCUAUUGCCGUAGCAACGGGAUCACUGGCUUCCGUUACCGCUGCCUCCGUUGCCGCGGUUACCAGCUGUGCCAGAACUGCUUCUGGCGUGGAAAUACCAGCGGCUCUCACCAGCACCAGAUGAAGGAGUACUCCUCCUGGAAAUCUCCUGCGAAGAAGUUUGGUCGCGCCCUGAGCCGGACGCUGGGCUGCGUGUCGUCAAGGGAACCGCCCCAUCCGAUUUACCCCGAGGAGCCUGAGCGGACCCUUAACCUCACCAACAUCAUCCCCUCCAGACCGAUUGGGAACACCAAUGAGGCCAUGUUGCUGUCUUCAGCGGUACCAGAGUCGUCCAAAAGCUUGGCAGCAGCUCAGAGGAUGAACGAGGAACACGCUCUGAUUGCAGCGUAUGUCAAUCGACUGCAGAGCGGCCCCUGUGGCGUCGACAGUCCAGGCAGGCAGGAUGAGGAGCACAAACUUAUCGCUCGCUACACGUCUCGACUGGCAGAGACAGAAAGCACAGGAAUGAUUCCGACAAGGAGCAUCAACUUUGAUGUGAACAAACAGAAAAGGGAGCUCAUCGCUCAACUGGAGUGCAAAAACAGAGAGAUCUUGGCAGAAAUCAAACGUCUCCGUGCCGAGCAUGACGCAGCGUGUCAGCCGAGCCCAGAGCGGUGCAGCACCAACCCGGCUCUCCUCGCCGAGCUGCGGCAGCUCCGACAGAGGAAAGAUGAACUGGAGCAGAGGAUGUCGUCUCUGCAAGAGAGCAGGAGGGAGCUGAUGGUGCAGCUGGAGGGGCUGAUGAAGCUGCUCAAGGAUGAGGAACAGCGACAGGCAGCGCAGGCGGCCGGUUCUUCUCACGCCUCGCCGUCUCGACCCAGCCCGUCCGCCAUCCGCCCGGUCGGCGCUCCGUCUCCUCACGCUCACAUGUACCUCCCUCAAGACUCCCUCGCCGGGGUCGGAGGUGACGUACAGGAGGCCUUUGCUCAAGGGCCGAGGAGGAACCUGAGGAACGACCUGCUGGUCGCCGCCGACUCCAUCACCAACACCGUGUCGUCGCUGGUCAGAGAGCUGCACUCUGAUGAAGGCCGAGAGGAAGAGGAGCGGUUGCUGAAUGGGAAAGACAGAGCAGGUUAAAAAGCUGGCAGGGGGGAACAACGAACCGGUGUUUCAUUACGGCCAAAGACGAUGUUAAAGGUCAGCAGUGGGAGGAGUCGAUCUUCUACGGCAAUCAACCAAUCAUGAUGCUGGACACCAAACGACCGCCGCGGGUCUCUACUGAUGUAUAGUUGUGAUUUUUGUGUGUUUUUGAUUUGAUCUCGCUUGAACCAAUGGGGAACCUGAAACCUACUGAUGAGUACUGUAGCAUGUUUAUUUGGAGGAGGAAGAAGGUGGAGGAAGUGAGACGGAGGAUGGAUCUGGGAAGGAUUUUAUUAUAGAUUAGAGAGUUGAUGAUGAAGAAA